AUGUUUGGCAUGGAACUUCGCAAGGUAUUUUCCCGUAGACCCGCCCGAUAAACACUGACCGCCGUCCGCUAACUUUGGCCUUUUUUUUUCCCCCCAGCCCAAAAUGUUGGACUUGCGGUACAACGAGAUGUGGAACGACUGGGACGGCACGGGGGACGCGGACCCGCAGGAGCCCGUCAAGUACGCGCACGGACAAUUGGUGUUGUCGUGGAAAAGGCUGAACGUCACGGUGAAAACGGUCACCCAGAAGUUUUUCGCGCCGUCCACAGUCUCGCACAAGCAGAUACUGUACAACGGUCGGUACCCCGCGUGUUCAUCAUGCCUAAUUCGUACGGUGUUAUUUGCGCGCGGUUGUAAUCCGCCGGCGGCGUUCCCGCUCCACCGCCCGUCCGUCCCGCCAACCCGUUGUCUGAUAAAAUUUCAAUUUUUCGCGUUUUACAACAUUGCCGCGCGCCUCUCGUCCGCGAUCCCGUGCGUGUGAUUCGUGCGCCGCCUGUAAUACGCACGUGCGGCAAUCUCGAGGAAAUAUCGCGCGAAACGACGGGAAAAAAAAAACAAAAACAAUAAACUACCUAGGUAUUUGUAUUUUCUUAUCUAAUACCGUUGCACAAGUAGGACGAAUGUCACGAACGGGGAAUGUACACGGUAUCAUCGGUCAUUAGUAAACAGGUUUUUUUUUUUUUUCUCGUCGAAUCAAACGCUCGCCGGCAUAAUAUACCCGCCUACCUACCUACCUAUCUGUGGUAUAUCUACAGUUAGCCGGUAACUUUUUUCACGAGAAAUCUUCUCCGCCGAUCACCGAUCGUGCACCGGAACCGCUGUCCCGGGGCGUUCACGAUCCGAUUGGCCGGUGCGCACCGGCAAAAAACGCGCCGCUCAGAAUCGCUAUUCGCCGUCCGAUAUGACAUGUCAUUUGUCGUACAGCAAAUAAACGUCGUUCGGUUACUGCGCGCCGAUCCACCAGCCGCGAGUCGCCCCAUCCCCUCCGUCCGCAAAAACGCCGGAGCGCCCAUUCGUUCGCCUCGGACACGACAGUAUUACGCCGUUGUUUAUCGGCUUUUUAGUAUCGGUAUCGGCCCGAGAACCGUUCGAGUAAAUGCGUCGCUUCGUGCGCCCGCCCGCCCGCGCCUGAAUCCCAUAUCGGAAAUAACCGUCGGUCCGUAACGCCCGUAACGCGAUUGGUAACGCGAUACCGGAUUAAUCGAGUAACGUGACACUGUCCCGGCAUCAUCGCUAGUCGAAAAAACCCCGUAUCCGCGGCCGUUUAAUAAAUGUCGUACGUUCCGGCCGUUUCGCGUUCUGGAUUCCGACGGUUUUCCGGGAAAUUUUACUGCGCCCCUCCCCCCGAUAAACGGCUCCGCGAACGUGGCCGCAACGAGUUUCAUCGCGAUAUCGCGACGUCGUUUUUAAUUGGAGCGCGGCGGACAGUGCCGACCGAGUGAUUUCGAAUAUUCACGGGGUUCGAUAAACGCGCGACAGUUACCGGGUGCGUGUUGAUUGUACGCUUUUCGCGGCCACUACGCGCGGUCGGCUCCGCGCGAAAUUUCCGAGCGAUUUCGCCGGUCCGAAACGGUUUUAUUUCCACUGACGACGGUGAAACGAAACGGUAAAAUCGUAAAUAUAUCGAGACUUUUAUUGCCGCAAACAUGUUCCCCGGUACCCGUUCCGUCCCCGGGGCGUUACGAAAACUGCCCGGGAAGUCGAUAACCUAACCCCGUAAACGCGCCGAAUAGUAGGCACGCGAUGCUUCAGAGCAACGCUCUUUUGUCGGUCGUUGUUCUUUGAUUGGAGCGCAAGGUGUCCGGCGGAACGCGAAAACACAGACGGAUAAAUAAAACCUCGCGCGUCGACCGUUGCGCCCGGUGUCUGAAAGUGUUUUACCGUUGUUAUUGUUAAUUUUUGCCCUUCUAACAUUGCGUUCUGUUCUAGUCAGCGGAAACGUGCAAUGCGGAAGUCUUCUGGGGAUAAUGGGCCCGAGGUCGGUAUUUCAUUCAAUCAAACAAUAUCUAAUAUUCAAUUGGCCAUUACGCGUUUUGUUCGAAUAAUUGUUAUCUGUUCAUUUUAGCGGCUCGGGGAAAACGACGUUGAUGUCCACCAUCAGCCACCGGACGAAAGGUACGUGUGUUUUUGUUGUAGACUCGCGACGAGUUGUGUAUUGAUUGAUCGGACGGUCGGCACGUUUUGUCGCGCAGGAAACUUCGAAGGCGAACUGUUGCUCAACGGGCGGCCGGUGUCCGAGGAGGUGAUGAUAAAAAUAUCCGGUUUCGUUCCGCAACACGACAUCAGCUUCGAUCAACUGACGGCUUUGGAGCACUUGUCUCUGAUGGUACAAAUCAAUUUUUUUCUAUUUUUCUUUUUCUUCUCUCUCUCUCUCUCUCGCGACCGACGCCUGGGAUGGUACUUUAAAACGGCCGUUUUUAUGAUUUUCUCAGGGGUUUCGAUAACAAAAACAGGAAAACAGGUACAAUAUUAUUAAAGAAAAUGUUUAAUGUAUAUGUAUAAUUAUUUUACCACGUGGCAUACUUAUUGUUGAAAAAGCAACGCCGUCUUCGUUAUCCUAGGAGACAGCUUUUUUUUUUUUUCCAUAUAGUCGUCGCGUAUUUUUAAAUUUCGCGUUGUGCGGUCUUUGCAUUUGCGUUCAGCACCAUCACCUGUUACAUUUCCCGCAAUUAGCCGCUGUCCUCCGCCUGCGACCGUAUCUGUAACUAUUUUUCUUUUUCAAUCUGUAUAUUGUAAUAUUUUCAUAUUGUCGGAUGAGAAGCGUGUAAAGUACCCGGGUCUUAAAUCAUUAUUCUAUCCUUUAACAGAGUUGUUGGUCCGCGGGUAAUACCGUGUGAUCCAUUUAAUAAGCGGGUACACUCAUUAUCUCGGAAAGUAUUAACUUCUUUCGGAAUUCGUUUUUUAGAACAUUUAAGAAACCAGCGGCUCUACAGUCUUAUAUUUAUGUCAUUUUUCGUCAAUCUUAUUUUUGGGGGUAAAACCACUACCGACUUUUGAUUUUUAAACGGCAACCUAUAUUAAUAAUUCCAUACGUAGAUGGAGUGUUAGUUAAUAUACUCCAUCUAGCGGUGCAUUAUUAACACGCCGCGCGCCGUAUCGCCACACAAAUGAUACUCUACUACUCUCCUCCAACCCAAACAUAAAAGCGGAUUAUCUCAUUAACGGAUCGACGGAAAUCAAAAACUUCAACACUGAAAUUCAUUUGUAUUAAUACUCCGUCUAUAUAUGGAGUUUUUAAUAUUGGUCGCCGUUUGAAAAUCAAAAGUGGCUAGUGGUUUUACCUCCAGAAAAAAACGUCCUCGAAAUAAUCCGUUGAUGGCCUUAACGGUUAUCCGUUUUCUGAAUUGAAUCUUCUGUCCAAUAGUUCGUUAAAAGCGUUUGUUUACGUCAUCUCCUAGUAUGAAACUGAGUGUUGCCGCCUAUUCGCAAUUGUAACGCAAAUUUCGAGUCUUUAAAACAAAUAAAAGUCACGUAACAACGUGGUAUACAGUUAAAAAUGUAUCCGAGUUUAAAGUUCAAAGAAAAAUGUACUCUGGAGCAAAUUGUAAACUUUUCAAAAUGGUAACGUUUGGUUUGAAAAUGUCCAAUAAAAUAAUAAAGUAAAAACGAAAUUAUUCAAACGGUUGAUACUCGUAAAUAAAUGUAUACAUAAAAAAUGUGCAACAAUAAUAAAACAACGGUGUUUUACACGUUGACUGUGAUAUACCUGAUGGCGAAUUUUUAAUUCGAAAAAAGCGGUCGCAUAAUACACUUGUCAUAAUACUCCGGGCGACGUAUCGGGUUCAUUUAUUUGUUUUACUUUUUGUGUAUACAUUUUUCGUUUAUCUACUUUGUUUAAACGUUUUAUUUCGAUUCCUACGACAUUCGAAAUAGGCGUUGGAUUAAACGUGAUUUGUUAAUGUAUUUUUUUUUUACUUUUCUGGUAAAGGCCAAAUUGAAAAUGGACCGCGACACGACCGAAGCGGAUCUGAUCGAGCACGUCGACCACAUAGUGACUUCGUUGGGCAUGGGCAAGUUCGCGGACACGAGGAUAUUGUUUUUGUCGGGCGNUGGCCGUCCAGCUGCUGAACGACCCGCCCAUACUGUUCUGCGACGAGAUCACCACCGGCCUGGACAGUUAUUCGGCCGCGCACAUCGUCAACACCCUGAAGAGCGUCGCGCGAACGGGCAAGAUCGUCGUGUGCACGAUCCACCAGCCCGCGUCCGGCGUGUUCGGCAAAUUCGACGACGUCAUCCUGCUCACGGAAGGGCGGCUCGCGUACCAGGGACCCGUCACCUCGGUUAACCGGCUGUUUCAAAAGUGCGUAAACGAACGGUUCACACCGCGUUAGUGGUGACGUGAACGGGUAUCCCGUGUGGCAGCUAUUCCAUGACCGCGCAUCAGGCGGGCGGAUGGGUAACGGCGCGUAGCGCAUUAUCGUCAUACAUGUUUACGGAAAAGGUGAAGCGCGGGGACGUACAUUUGAACCUCAGUUAGGCACAGCACCCGGUUCUUCUGGGCUUGGGCUGUUUGAGGCGUUUACAAUUUUACUGAAACUUCUUCAAUUCUUCAUGCACAGAAAAAAACUUCACGCCGCCCCUGCACCCCGAUAAAUUUGACAUCAGUCAUGCCAUCACUACUGACGUAGACUGAUCGGGACCAACGACUGGCUACCAGCUGAUACCAGCCGAGUCCCUUAUUGUCACCUAUAGUAGGCGGGUAUAACGAAAAAUGUGGCUGCAGUCCGCAGUUGAUAGAUAGAGAAUUUAUGCUAUUACAAAGUCGUUAAAUAUGCAAGCAUAUUAUAUGCGUUAUAGACACGAACUUUAAAACCAAAACAUACGAACUUGAAAUCCCGAAAUCGUUAACUGCUAUAGCCAUAUGCAUGUACAUGAAUAUGUUAUGCUUAUAUAAUUCUUAAUCAAGUUCCAAUGAUUCUUUACGAUCGGAACGAAUUUUUCUAAUUAAAAAAUUUUUUGAGUGGCGUUCUUAAAGGAAUUUUUUCGAAACGGUGAUAGAGAUCCGCCGUCAUAUAUGUGAUGUUUAGGUUAAUCACCACGCACAACGGUGGUUUUUUUACCUACCAUCAAUUUUAUCGUUUACCGUUUAGGUUCAGUUACGAAUGUCCGAACAUGUUCAACGAAGCCGACUACGUGAUUUCCAUUCUGAACUCCGAGAAGGAGACCGUCAAAAGGGACGUGGAAGAAAUGUGCAAGUUGUCCUCGACCGACCAACAAACGGAUCUCAACUACGACACGUUCAAUAAUCAAGUAAUCAACAAUCAUUUCUAAAUUGGUUUUGUAUUGAAAUUAUAUACACCUAUAAAAGUUCAAAAAUACAUAUAUUUAUAUUCAUAAACAUAUUGAAUUUUUUUUACUACAUUUUCAGAAACAAUUAGACUAUACGCAAUAUUUACAAAAGUGAGUGCGACUUUGUAUAUUUUGAGGAACUCAAUGUCGUUAUACAGAGUGAUCAGUCUAUCGUAAGACACUCGUUAUCUCGGAAAGUAUUAACUUAUUCCGGAAUUUGUUUUCUAGAAUAUUUAAGAAACAAGCUGUUCUAAAAUUUUAUAUUUAUGUUAUUUUUUUUUUCACCCUUAUUUUUGGGGCUAAAACCGCUAUCUGCUUUUCAUUUUCAAAUGGCAACCUAUAUUAAAAAGUCCAUAAAUAGACGGAGUAUUAGUUAAAAUAAAUUUUUAAGAUGGCAUUUCUGAUUUCCGUCGAUCCGUUAGUUAACACUCUCGAGAUAAUGAGUGUCUUAUGAGUGAUCACUCCGUAUGAAAUUAUUUACAGUUUUUGUUUAUACUAAUAAAUGUUGUGCGUUAUUGUGUUCAUUUUAGACAACAUCCAAAAUGGACGACACAGUUUACACUGAUUUUAGACAGAUCUACCAAAUGUUUCCUGAGAAAUUAUCAAACUCAAUUACUGGAAUUGUGCACCAUAAUGGUAAUUUCUAUACAAUGACGUAUUAAACCGUAUAAAUAAUUGUUGCUUUAAAAUGUAAAUACACGUUUAAAAAAAAAAAAAAAAUUCUAUCCUAAUAUGAUCAAAUUCGCAAAAGCAAUAGAUAAGGUGUCCCAAGUAAAUUUCCAAUUUUUAUUGUUUGUUUUAUUAUUAUUUGGCUGUAAACAACUAUUCGACUAAUUGCUACAAUCAUUUUAACUUUAGGAUUGAUACAUGGUAGUAUAUUUUGUCUAGUUGGUGUAUUGACCAAUUAGAUUUAGGGUUCCUAUAAAUUAUUCGUAUGAGUCGUAUGAUAAUAAAACAAAUAUUGAACGUUCAUUCAAGGUUAAUUUUUUUAUAACUGUUUAAAGUCCCAAUAUUUAUCAUAAAAUUUGUAAAGUACAUGGAUAUUUUACGUACACUUUAUAACGUACAUUUUCCACGUGCGUGAAUAAAACCUUGGGUGCCAUAUAAAAUUGCUCGAUUGAUAUCCGAUACAAUAAAGUUGUACUUAAGUUAGUGGUUAAAAAAAAAAAGUUGAGUGUAAUUUAUUUUUAUCUGCGCUGUAAGUUAAAAUGUAUUCAUUGGUAAACUAAUUCAAUUUUUGUAUUAGUUUUUAGGCAUUAUUAUUUCGUCUCCUUUUGCAAACCUACAGUUCGACACGAAAGCGGUACAAAAUUGGGAAGGAUUUUGGUUGAUAUUCGUCAUUAAUUUUGUGUUUCACUUUAGUUAUUCGGCCAUCGCGAUGUAUCAACAGAAAUUCGCUAUCGUUCAUCGAGAAGUACACAACAAAGUAUACCCGUUGAGCGUGUACUACAUGUCCGAAUUAAUGAUAAUGGUAAUUGAGCGUUAGGUAUAUUUGAUAUUGAUAAUGAUUUAUAUUAUUUUGAUUAUUUAGAUCGUUUGGAUAAUGAUAAAAAUGCUGGCAUAUUGCAUUAUCGCCUUCACGAUUGUCGGAGCUGAUUGGGGCCAAAAGCAACUGUUUUUGUUUUUCAUAUUGGCCGUUUCAGCGUAUUCGUAUGGUAAUUUAUUGAUAUUGAACAAUUCGCAGUAAUAUUAUAGUUUGAUGGCCCAUGAUUUUCAUUAAAAACAAAAGCAAACAAAAUGAUUGUUGUAGAAUUUCCAGCAGAGAAGUUUUUACUCGUGAAUGUUAUAUUAAAGUUUUCCCGAGCAGUGGCGUAUUUAGUUAUCGAAUAGAUUUUGAACUGUUAUCGUUAUUCUAUAUUCUUAACUUUAAUAAAAUAUUGAAGGUUGCUAUGUGUAAUAUUAUCAAAUAAUUCGCGAACACAUCACAUCAUUAUUGUUUUGUAAACAUUUGUUUGUUAGUUAAGUCUUAUAAGUGGACCUUGUCGCCCGCGUUUAUUGUUUCAGUGUUAGUAACGGGAAAAUUUUCUAAAACCAUUUUGUAAUCCCUGUUUAAACUUUAAUUUCAACCUACAUUUUAUAAUUUAUGUUAAAAUAGCGUAUAAUUUUGCUAUGCUGCCCAUGCGCGAAUAAAGGAAUCCAUGAAAUGGCGAAGUGGGCUAAUAUUUUUUUUUUUCAAAAACACAACCAACAUAGUUGUCAGUAUACAGGCUGUCCCACACAGAUAUACCCCUUGAUUAUCUUCGGAGAUCAUGAAGAUAAUCAAUUUCUGUUUUUUUUUUUUUUUUUUUUUUUUUUUUUUUUAUAUUACUCGCAGGGACUAGGACUACAAGUAUUUAUAUUUGAGUUAUAUAUAUGUAUAUUUUUUAUAUAUUAAUAUAUUUAUAAUUACUUUAUUUUAUUAUUUUAAAAACAUUUUAGGACAGUCAUUCUGAAAAUUUGAACGUAUCGUACGUUUAUAUCUGAUGAAUAGUUUCUAAGAAACAGCCGUUUUACAUUCUUCUAAUCCGUGUGAAAACCAAUGUUAUCGCGUAAUACAGUUAGGUUAUUUUACCACGUCUAAAACAACCAAAUAUAAGUUUUCUCUCAAAAUUAAAAAUAUUAAAAGCAUUAUUUUUGCCAAUUUUCCGGUUUUUUCUACGUAUUUUUCAGUUUUGUUCAUUUACUAAAAGAAUUCAAAACAAAACAAAAACCAAUAAUGAUCUUUGUCACCAAUAAGAUUAAAAAUGCAACAAAAAUUAUCUCUUGUUAUUUUUCGAUUGGAUCAACAUUUCUAGUAGAAAACAUAUUUAACAUAAGUUGCAAAAAUUAAAAACAAUGAAAUCGUUAGCGCCGUAAAUAAAUAUUCACCGUUUGCCUAUAAUUUUCUCUCGGGUUUUUCCCAAUUAUUUUAAAAACUCCUUGGAAAAUCAAGAAAUGUCCUCUUUAAUGCACCAAAUAUAAACAACGUUUUCUUUCUUUUAUACAUUGGAGCAAGAUUUCUUUCCAAAAAGUUGUUUACAAACAAAAAAUUAAAAAAAACACACGUUAUGGUGAAACCAAUCGAUCCCUCGCCACGCUCCGAAUCUAAAAUAAAUGGACAUUCUUCGCACGAUGGUGGGACACUGUUGUAGAUGAAAAGUUGGGAAAGUAGAAGCGAAAUUCAAUGUAAAUCUGAACGCAUAGAUUAAUCAUUGCUGACGAAAAACGAUUCUGAGUGGAGCUCGGUAAUUCUUUUUUAACAAUUUAACGUUUUCACGACAAAAACGAUGAUUGUUUAAAAAAGAUUAAAGGAUUAAAAUAUUAAAAACUUGAUAGUAACAAAAAAUAAAUAAAAACGGUUUUCAAUAAUGAUCUUAUUUUUAAUCGUUCAAUAUUUUUUACCUUAAAGAACCAGUUUUUCCCCAUUGUCUCGAAUAUUAACGAAAAUUUUAAAAAAUUACUUCUCUCAAGUACCAACUUGAGUCAAAACUCAACGAAAUAGGUUUUGUCUGUUUUGAUUGGAUUAAGAAUUCUGGGAGAAAUUUUGUAAACAGUAUGUAUAUAAAAAAUGUAUAAACAUCAUUGUAAUACCAAUACAUAAAUUCCUCACUUCCAUCAGAAUUUAAAACUAAACGACGAGUGUCUCCGAGUCUACCGUUAUAAAAAUAUCAGUCCUCUACCCUCGUAAAUAUUUCGUCACCGAUCUCAACAAUUUACUAUUGAUUAUUGUGUUUUUGUGUGCUUUUACUUUUUGUAACUAUUUACUACGUUUUUACAGGGAGUUUAUUGUCGGCGCUUUUUACCCGGGUGGAGCACACCGUCAUAUUCGCCACGAUAAACGAUUUUGUAGCGCUGCCCCUGAGCGGCGCUUACCUGUCGUUCAAGUAAGCAAAAUUAUUAUUAAAAAAAAAAAAAAAAUCCACGUACUGACAGCCAGUUAUAAUAUUUAUUUAUUUAAGUUUGACACCCUCAAAGUGAUAAUGAAAUAGACUGAUAAAAUUAUUUAAGUAAUACGUGCUUAAUACUUAUUAUCAUACAAACAUUAUAAGUUGCAAUUUAUCAUAAUAGUUUGAGAAAUAUUUGUUACAUUAUUUUGGUCAGAGUCAAAACAAAAAUCAAAGUUUAAUGCGUUACUACAGUGGAUGAAAAGUCGAUACUCCGGACUAAAAGCAAUUAAAUCACUAGAGCACUGGGUGUGCGGAAAAGGGAGGAUUGUUUCUUGAAUGGUAUUUUAAAAUUAAUUUUUUUUGUUUUUAAAUUAAUUAGCCCGUCAAUUGCCUCGUAAAUAAAAGCUACAUGCGUACGUAAAAUACAAAAAAAUACAAAAAAAACACAUAAUUAAACAGACGUCGAGAAGUGAACGGCUCUAAACCGAAUUCCUUAGCGAAAACGUUCAAACCCGCGUCAGUGCGAAUCGUAUUAUAAAUUGAUACCUAUCCGGUACAUUCAACGUCCCGUGUUUUCCGUAUUGUGUUAUAGAUCACUGCCGAAAACGAUAUACUUCCUGAGGCACUUGUCGCUGUUUUUCCUCGGCUGCGAGACGGUUUCGAUACAGUUUUGGGAGAACAUCGAAUCGCUGCGUAAGUGCAAAACGAACCGGCCGAUUUCACCGACAUUGAAAUCGGCCGUAGUUUAUUUAUUGUGAUAAAUCGCUCUAAUCGAGAUAUCGUGUGUUUGUAGCGUGCGUGGACCCCGAUAAUUGUCUGGACAGCGGCAAGGCGGUUUUGAACAAAUACGGUUACAUAAUCGAAGAGUUCAAUUCCGAUAUGAUAAUUAUGGCCUCGUUCAGCAUUGUAGCCAGCGUGGUGAGUUAUUUCGGCGUGCUCAAAAGAAUGAAGCAACAGCCGGCCUAUUAA